AUGUCUGAACAAGUUUUGGUUUUGGGUAAAGUUAACAAAGGAAUCAGCAAGACUUCUUCAGUCCAAGGUUAUGAAUCUGCUUGGUUAGGUCGUUGGAGUCAUUUAGGUAAUGAAGUGAAGUUUCAUGGUGACUCUAAGGAGCUGAGUAGGCCUGAAGAUAAUGUCUCAGAGAGAAAAUCUGGCGAGGAGGUCUUGCCGUUUCCUAUGUUCAAGGUUUCUCAGAAGAGAGAUAAUACUACAAAGGUUCAAGCUUGCUCGGUAUUUGAAGCUAAAGACGAUGUGGGUUCGAGCUCGAAAGUUAUGGCUAAUAGAAUGCCUUGGAUGUAUGCAGAAGGUGACAAAGAGAGAUUCAGUUCCGGUAACCGUCUUGAUUUCCCAGUUCAAGAGAAGACUACACAAAACUUGCUAGAGUUGAUAAGACCGGUGAGGAUAUAUGCUACGGUUGAUUCGGUUCAAAGAGUUCCUGGAGAGAUUAACUUGCCAGAAGAAGAUGGUCAUCAGCUUUUCAAAGGGACGACGGUUUCCAUGAAACUGAAAGGGAAAUUAUUUGGUGGGUAUCUUGAUCUAUUUCCCACUCUAGACCACAAACAUAAAGGUGGAGUAAGGCUGCAAUCUCUAGACAGCUCAAAGGACACCGAAGAAGAUGGUCCGACAAGAAACGAAUCAUCAACGGAGACUGAUACCUUGGAAAUGGAUAGACUUCAGAUGAUACAUCUUUCCGGCUCCAUUUCUUCAUCAUCAACUAAGGGCAAAGGAAUAAUAGGUGAUUCAGCCAUUCCGAGGACCGAAAUACCUGACAUGAAUGAAGAACCGCCUCUGGUUCUGGAUAUAGAGAAUUCAGUUGAUGGACAUCGGGGAGAAACAAGCAACUCGGCUACUCAAAGUAUGAACGUGGACCACUUUGUAUCCAGAGAGUGCAAACGUGCACGGUUGGAACCAGAACCGGAACCCAGCAGUAGAUGGGUCAAGCGUCUCAAAACAAACGCCUCAGAUUCCAGUGGACAUGCUGAAACCAAGAGCCUGAUGAAGAUUGAAGAAGCAUCACCGGGCCAAAAAGGGAACAACAACAUGUUCCUUGAAAUCUUGAAAUCCGGAAUCAACAGUCUCCAACCAAGAAAUCAAGAACCGGUCACGUCACAAAUCAAGAAUCUGAACCAGGGAGGAGAAGACAUUACGCUUCUUCAUCCAUGGAUCCAGAGAUGGUGCAAGAAGAAAACUACAUUGACUGAUCAGCCAGGAGGGCAAGACGUUAGCGUUGAGCCCGAGAACCAGAAGGAGAUCGAGAAGAAGCACUUUCCAAGUAUUGCUGCCAUGGCACUGAUGGGGAAGGCUCUGACCGGUUUAAACCCAUAUGGUCUAAGAAAGACGGACUCUCUCAUGGUUUGGAAUGUUCGGGACUUAAGGUAA